AAUUGCGCAUUUGAGUAUAUCCAAAAAUGACGAAACUGAAAACAUUAGUUGUUUCAUUCCUUUGCGUUGCAAUUGUUUGCGGCAUUCCACAAUCCGGCACGUCGGGUAGAAAUAUAAAUGGCAUCUUCGAUCCAGUUAUUGAACUACUAGAUACGCUUCGAGAUAUCGUCGACAAAUCCGUAAAUGAUGCUUUAUUGGAUAUCCAAAAUUUAAUACAAACAAUUUUGGAUACAACUAAACAAACCGUGGACUCAAUCACAAAAUCUCUUACGGAUACGAGUGCAAGUUUGAUUCAGCAGAUCAAUGAUAUGGUUACCUCAGCCACCGGAUUAGGAAUAGACAUCACCCCUUGCGUAGGUGACAGCGUACAGCAAAUAUCCGAUCUGGAGGCGGAUGUAUCCUAUACCGUAACCAAUUGCAUCGAUAACGCGGCCAAUAGAACUUUAUCGGUUCUUAGAAAAACGAUCGAUGAAAUCAACGGCACGGUGGGAGAAGUGGAAGAUCUAUUUUCCUCAUUCGACAAUUGUCAAGGUCAAUCCAUUCUAGUUCAACCGGUGUGUAUAGCGUCACUUACUGUCGAGGUGACUCAAGCAAUCGCGUCCAUACCCAUCGAAAUUGGAAAAUACGUCGCUAACGUAUCUACGACGGCUGCUCAGCUAACCGUAGAAAUAGCUGGUUGUCAAGCUAACGUUAUUGAAGAUUUUUACAAAAAUGGAGCCGAAACGGUAUCAAAAGUGACAACUUGUGCAAAAGCCAUAAUAAAUCCACCUGGGAACUUUUAUUUGUAGACUUGAAUUUACAUCUAAUACUAGCUUUAGCUUUGAUGUAUUGUACGUAUAACAUGUAGGUACGUUGUAGUUCUAUAAUCCAAAAUAUUUAACGUAUACCAUGGACUCUGAACUAUUCCUCGAUAAAUACAAUUGUGAUUUCCUAUUUGGCGAUGUUUCGGAUUUACUUUUCUACUACGGACCAAAUAAACAUAGACUGGCGUAUAAUUGUUAUUAAGUUUCUCAUUUUACAUGCAUGCAUUUUGCAUGCCAGUUUUACAUAAGUUUCCUAGGAACUUGAUGAGUAUAGCAAGAAAUUAUGCUUCCAAAAUUAAUGUGGAAUGGAUUUUUUUCAAUGUGGCGCAAAUCAUACUGAAAGAGAAAGUAAUUUCGGAGAUCUAUACAUUAAGGAAGCGGUGUCUUAAAUGAGAAAGUUUUUUAACUAACCUGUAGUUGAAUAUUAAUUUUGUAUAUUCGUUUCUGGUCAAAAUUCGUGUCUUAAUAAAUUUAGUAUGAAGAAUUUUGGAGAGUUGGAGAAAAAGGGAGCGGAAUACAUGUUUCACUAUUAUAAAAUUAAC